GGUUCUAUGUGACUGAAGUCUGAUCUCUCUCCGGGGACCAGGCAUUGCUUGGUCGUCCAAGUGAAAGGCUGGACGUGUUUUAUUUAGACGAUGUUAAUGUUCCCCACAGCCUCCAGUUAGGCAGAAUGAUAACCUAGUGUAGUAGCAGGAGAGUCUGGUGUGAAGCACUGACGUGACCUCUGGAGAGACUGAGUCUGACACCCUUGCCUUAGUGGAUCCGGGCACUUUUCUAAAUGAAGAGCUAGCUUAUUUUGUACGAUUGUUAAAGAGCAGUAUAGAGAUUUUAUGGUAAAGAUGGAAAAAGAGUAUUUCAGAUGUACACCAGUUAAUUUUUUAUGUAUAUUACCAGUUUUAUUGUACAAUGGUAUUGUACAAAAACAUGCAGCUUCAUUUUAAAAAAAAUCCUUAAAGUAAGGAAGAACUUUUUAAGAAAAACAUUUAAUUUUUGUAUUUUUGAUUUCAGGAGGCAUGUUAUGUCUACUUUUUCAGUGUAUUAAUGAAGAUUUUAACUUUACAUCAGGUUGAGUGUUUUCUUACUAUAUUAUCUGUGUAUGUAGUUAGCACAUUGUGUCACUGAACUGUUUAAAAAUUCUAGCAUGUAGAAAAUGAGCCUGUUUUGUGGGAAAAAUCCUUCAUUAAAUUUUAAUCAUGGCAGGUUUUUCUGCAGAAAAGAAAGCAACUGCGUUUCAGAAUUCUGAUUUUUGUAUUUUCAGAAAGGUAUUUUGCUUGCAGGAAUUACUAAAAAAUGAAACUUUUUUAGAUGUAUUUAAAUACAUUUUAGGGCAUCUUUAUGAUGUUGGUAUUCUGUCUAUUGUAAAAUGUACAUAACAUUACCUUGAAAAAAAUAAGUAUUCAACAAAGUUUUGAAACUUUGCAAACCACCUGGCUUUCUUAUUGUUUUUAUUUUCCUUACACUACACAAGACUGAAUGUGAGAAUCGCUUGUGGACGUGUUGGCGGGGCUGGAGGGAGGGACCGAGGAAUCUCUUGAGAACGUUGUAUUGUGAGUGAGGUUUACAGUGCACGGUGUCGAGAGAAUUCUCCUGGUCAAGCUUUUGCUCAUUCUGUCAUCUCUAAUUCCGGACCGUCUUCCACAUCAAUUGCAUGCCACUUGCCUGCUGCAGCUAAAAUGCACCCUACACCACCCUUUGCUACUGGAACGAUGCGCACCGACUUCGGGCUGUUUCUGAGUCUACUGGGCUUUUACGUAGCUGGACUUCCGCUAAACUCUCCACAAAUGCCGAGGAGAAUGGUAUUUAUCCUCUUAGUCCUGGGUGUCUUUCAAGGAGGUGUUUGGGGCCAGUCGGAAGAUCUGCUUACAAAGCGGGGACACGCCGGACUGGCGAACCACAGCACUGUGACCAGAAAGGGCGGAGGGGACGCGGGCGGUGGGAGUCCGCUGGAGCGGAGUCUGCGGAGGCUGAUGGAGAGGAUGGAUUCUCCCGACGCGCGAGCCAGCGGAGGACAAGAGCUGAACGGAGACAAGGGCAGAGUGAUCCCGGUCACGGGUAAUCCCUCUUUGGAAGCAACCAAGGAGGGCUUGCAAGCCAUCCUGACGACUGUGUUUGAGGACACCGACAUGGAGAUCUACCUCAACGCCCUGAAACUCCUGUAUACGAUUUACCAGCCGCUGUUUGCCGAGCAGGCUCUGGAGGAGCUGCCCGGUGCGCUCGUUUGCGCUCUGCUAGACAGGGAGGACUGCGGCGGCGAAGCCAGUGGUCUAGCCGCCCAGGCAUUCAGGUAUCUGCAGUCGCUCCUCGACUCCAUGCAGAGACAGAGCUGCCGCUCCACGCAAGCCAGCAACCUCGGCCGCUCGCUGGUGACGAGUUUCCAGAGCCUCUUUCCUUCGCCCACGCCGGAGUCGCCAGUGCUAGACCGCCUAGCCGAUUUCCAGGACCGCCUGCUCACCUGGGCUGGUCUCCUGCCCCGGUUUUUCUCCGCGCGGCUGAGCGACGCUUGGCACGUGUUCAUUAAAGUGAUCUUUCCAACUUUUGCUAAUUACGUCGCCGACGUGCUGUCGUAUUUAAUCUUGACCCCAACUGGUUAUUUGCAAACUGGGUUGGAGAUCCUGGUCGAUGUCCCUGUUAUGGACCAAAAUGAGCAGUGCCAGCAAGGGGAUUUGAAACAGCUGCUCAUGUGGGGAAUGAGCCACAAUGUCAGCUGGAAUUUCGGCGAUCUGAUUCUGGACAUUUUCCUGCCAUCGGAGCCUCCACUGUGCAGCUACCCAGCCCCCGAGUGUCAGGCGGUUCAGUUCACACGGUCGCUGCUGCCCAGUUCCCCUCCGGAGGCCUGGAGCUGUGACCCAUAUAACUUCACUCAGGUCCAGGGAGCCAUCUGCUCCAGGCUGCGCCUGACCGGGCAGCCCUCCGCUGCAGUCUCUUCUUUGUGCAAGGCUCUGAGCAACCUGUCUGCCCCCGAGGCCGCGCAGGUGUGGAACAGCGGGUGCAGGAGCGUUCACACCAUCUCCUCGCUCUUGUAUGGUGGGAUGGACUGCCAGUCUUCAUCUCAGCGGGCCAGAUCCACCCUGAGCCUCAGGGAGCUGGUCUGCCUGUACGCCAACUGGACCCAGUCCGGCCGCGUUGAUCCGGCCUCCGUGUCCUUCUGCAGUGAGAACGACAAGGAGAAUUUCUUCCAGGGCGUCUGCUAUAAUGGGAGGCUUUUGCCCCUGCUGAUGCAGGAUGCAAACAAUGCAUGGCUGUCGGCCUAUUGCACAAACUUCUCUGACGCAGAUGCGAAAAGGUACUACUGCAAGUACUCCACCUGGGUUCCCGAAACAGUGGACCCUUCGGUGCUGAGUUUCUGCUGGACCGUGGAUCAGGCUGGUCUGGAGAAGGCGCUCUGCAAUGAUCUGGAGCUGUUCCUCAGAAUAUUUGCCAAUCCUGGUAACGCGUGGCUGUCAAUCAACUGCUCUCUUGCAGAGCCGCCCACUGAGGUUCCUGCUUCGGAAAACAUCGCUGACCUGUGCCGCUACAGUGAGUGGAAGGAGUCUGCCUCGGUAGACAUGGUCACAGUGUCCAUCUGCGCGCAGCAUGACGGCGAGAAUUUUAAUCGCAUAGUUUGCACAGAUGCGAAGAUACUUGAGGUUCUGAUGAGCGACAAAGAAAACGUCUGGGUUAAAGAUUACUGUGCCAGCUACUCAAGUGUGUUUAAUAACAGCCAUCUCAGCACUGCUGCCUGGUGUACGUAUGAUCAGUGGAUGGAGGGGUUUGUGGAUCCUUCUGUUGUAGCCCUGUGUUGGCAGAAUGACCAGCUGACCUUCAGUAAGAAUGUGUGCUGCAACAUGGCCUUGUUCGAGAAGCUCAGUUUGGAGCUGCAGAAUGAGUGGCUGCUCUCCGCCUGCGGGGAGAACGAGACCGUUGAGGCUGUGGGGCAGGCGUGCCGAUACAGCGAGUGGAGCCUCCCGGCUGUGAUCGACAUGACCGACGUGGCCGUGUGCGCCGACUACGACAAGGCGAACUUCACGCAGUGGGUCUGUGCCAAUGAAACGCUCCUCCAGAACCUCCUGGCCAACCUCGACAACACCUGGCUCGUGGAGUUCUGCGCCAACCUCUCCGGUUCGGGGAGUGUCUCUAAGCUUAAACCGGCAGAGCGGUGCCUCUACGAGUCCUGGGCGGUUGAACUUCCAGACUCGUCCUUGCUGGCUUUGUGCUGGGACUUGGAUCACGCAAAAUUUGUGUCCCUGGUUUGCAAAAAUUCUUUCCUGCUUUCCUUACUGACACGGGAACCUUCCAGCUUUUGGGUUGGUACCCUCUGUGCUACAUACAACAUCUAUAGCAACCAGAGUAGCGGCAACAAUACAGAGCCCAAACCAUGCUUUGUGAGAGACCUGGUGAGACAGCUGAACUGGUCCUGCAGUUUAGACUUCACUGCUGUCUGCCAGCAGAGCUCCAGCCAGUUGCGGGGCCUCCAGCACUUUCUUCAGUGUGGGAUAGAGGCAAUCGGUCUGAAGACAAACAGCCUCAUUACCGAGCAGGUGUCCACAGUAUUCGCACAGGCAGCCAAUCAGGUUGUGAUCCUCCUGGUGGUCCUGGAAGAUAAUCGUCUGAUCUCAUUCCACGCGUCGGCGAACAUUCACCUCAGCGUGCUGGAGUCUGUCAGGGCUUACCUGGAGUAUGAGAAGAACUUCGAGAACAAGAGAGUUCUUCUGCAGUGCUUUGGGAACGUCCUGACGAGCAUGAUGCAGACGGCGCGCGAGGUCUCACACGACGGCUUCUUUCUCAUCAAGGUGAGAGCGCAGGGAUUCAAAACAUCCUGGCAUCGCCACAGACAAGCGACUCCCUCGGUGUUGUAACGAACAGUUCUUUCCGGACCCUAUGCGGACGACACAGUCCGACGGA